AGAAACAGGAAGAGGACCAAGAAGAAAUGGGAGAGGAAAUUGAGGAACGGCCCCAGGAAAGAUUAGUCAGUAAACCGCUCAUGAACACUCUCUGGGCAACAUUUAAGUUAAACAAAUGCCCCACCAUAGGAGACAACCAGUCACUUGCAUUUGAAUUUAACAUGACAGUAAAACAGAUAAACAAAUGGUUUCGUAAAAAGAGGAAGAAAUACAAUAAAGUGAUGUGCAAGCGGAAACUUAAGAAGAGACCUAAGAGGUGCUGAAUGUUGAUGACGCUUAUCCUUUCUGUGUUACCUAUUGGCAGGCAGAAGCUCAUAUGAGUGGAAAAACUUAAGAACAACAUCAACAUUUUUUGAAGCAUUCGACCGGAUUGUAUAUAGGAUUUUUACGUAUUAUUUGUGUAUAUGUAUAUACACAAUUUUAAAUGUAUUACUUCAUUGAUCAUCACUCUAAACCACAAAUGAGCAAACUGAACUGCUGAAGAAUAAUGUGAUUUUAUCAGGGCACCUGGGUGGCUCAGUGGGUUGAGCGUUGACUUCGGCUCAAGUCGUG